AUGGUGUCACCUCGAUCGUCGCGGACUCUGAUCCCUCGAGUUUCCCGCCGAUGCUAUUCAGCGGCUCCGUCGCCUGCGGCGAAGCUCAACUUGCCCAUUGACUAUAAGUCUACGCCGCUCCUACAUCACACGCCCUCCUCCCUAUCUAGCAUUCCCGACUUUCCCGCAGCAGCUACCAGCAAAAGGCUGAACCUGUUCCAAUCCAUCAACUCUGCCCUGCGGACGGCUCUUUCGACUUCGGACAAGGUCAUGCUAUUCGGCGAGGACGUCGCAUUCGGCGGGGUCUUUCGGUGCUCGAUGGAUCUACAGACAGAGUUUGGCUCGGACCGAGUUUUCAAUACACCCUUGACCGAGCAAGGAAUUGCCGGCUUUGCUAUUGGUGCAGCAGCCGAGGGCAUGAAGCCCGUCGCAGAGAUCCAGUUUGCUGACUACGUGUUUCCCGCAUUUGAUCAGAUCGUCAAUGAAGCGGCAAAGUUUCGCUACAGGGAAGGCGGUACCGGGGGCAAUGUAGGCGGCUUGGUGAUUCGGAUGCCCUGUGGUGCAGUGGGACAUGGCGCACUAUACCACUCACAAUCCCCGGAGUCACUCUUUGCACACAUACCCGGCGUCCGAGUGGUAAUACCGCGGUCCCCAUCCCAGGCCAAGGGUCUCCUCCUAUCCUCCAUCUUCGAACACAAUGACCCGGUGAUAUUUAUGGAGCCCAAGAUUCUCUACAGAGCUGCUGUGGAGCACGUCCCUAACGAAUACUACACAAUACCCCUGAGCAAGGCGGAGGUGAUCAAGCCGGGCAAGGACCUGACGAUCAUCUCCUAUGGUCAUCCACUCUACCUCUGCUCCUCUGCCAUUUCUGCGAUCGAAAAGACUAUGAAGGGUGUCAACAUCGAGUUGAUUGACCUCCGGACGAUCUAUCCUUGGGACCGCCAGACUGUCCUUGAGAGCGUCCGCAAGACGGGACGAGCCGUUGUCGUCCACGAAAGUAUGGUCAACUAUGGUGUUGGUGCCGAGGUCGCUGCGACACUACAAGAAGGCGCCUUCCUUCGGUUGGAAGCCCCGGUCAAACGAGUUGCCGGUUGGAGCACACACACAGGCUUGACUUAUGAGCAGUUUGUUCUGCCCGAUGUUGCCAGGAUCUACGAUGCCAUCAAGCAGACCUUAGAAUACUGA